UCUCUCUCUCUCUCAGCAACAGGGGCUUCUGUGUUAACUGCGGCUAAAUAAGCACAGAUGAACUGUGGAGCACAUUCAGAAAAAUGUCCUGGCGAUGUGUGUGUGACUUCACAAGCCCCUCGGAGCCCGCAGGAGGAGCGCGUCGCCUCUCACACACUCUGACAUGAAGCGGGCAUGUUCCUCCGAGAGGACUCUCCUGCUCCACUGACUGCGUUUGAUCUUCAUCCUGGACCUUCAGACAGCGCGGACACCCGACAUGAGGAACCCGCAUCUGGACGGACACUGCAAGAUCCUGACCUCGGGGGACAAGAGACUGAAGCGCAGAGCGCGAGAGCCGCUCCAGCGCGUCAGUGACGAGCAUUCACCCUACUUUAAACUGUACAAGGACGCGCAUCUCAUGGCACAGACAGACGGCGGCGCGAGAGAGACGCGCGCAUCGGGGGUCUUCGCGUCAGGGGACGACGGCGCCCUGGAUAUGAGAAUUAACACCGCGGUGUCUGGAGAGCCUUCUGACUCCAAACUGAGAGCCGUCCCAGAGAACACUGUCAGUGGCAGGACCGCUCAAUCGGGCACGCGCAGCGCGCAGGUUUUUCCUCUGGAGCGAGCGUUGUCUCAGCGCGCCGCCUCUCAGGCGCCUGUCGAGAGCGCGCAGUCACCCAGGAGACGCGCCGGAGAGCCGCCGGAGAUCAAAGCCAUUCAGCAGACGCGCAGACUGCUGGCGAACGCGCGCGAGAGGACGCGCGUGCACACCAUCAGCGCAGCCUUCGAGGCGCUGCGAAAGCAGGUGCCCUGCUACUCGUACGGCCAGAAGCUCUCCAAGCUGGCUAUAUUAAGAAUCGCCUGUAACUACAUCCUGUCUCUGGCUCAGCUGGCAGACCUGGACUACUCUCCGGACCAGAGCCAGCUGAGCUUCAGGGAGUGUGUGGAGCAGUGCACCCGGACGCUGCAGGCCGAGGGACGCUCCAAGAAGAGGAAGGAGAGUUCAGACGGUUUAUAAUGUGGUUAUUAGCAGUCGUUGAGCAGCUGGGGCAGAGCUGCACACAUGAAGGCUCCUGCGCUCCCCCCGUCCCCCGUCAGAGCCAGACACCAGAUGUUCUCAGCGCUGCUUGGGAAGUCCUGCUGGCGCCACUCAGGGCAGAGGGCAGGGGGAAGGCACGCGAGCCGGAGCCCAGAGAACACAUUCACUGCAGGAACUGGCACAUUCCCCAGCGCGCUCUUGGCCUGCUUCCCAGCUCUCUCUUGGCCAUCUGUUCCAAAAAAACACUUUGAAAUAAAAACGCAGCGCUCAUCACUCUCUUAGGAUACGGCUCCACGCAGCAGCUGUUACAGAGGCGAGGGGAAGCGGGAGGAGGGGCGCCGGCCAAGAAAGAAAUCCCUUUGUCAAGUAGAGCCAGUGAGUCUGAGGGGAAAAAUGUUUUGGCAAAGCUCUGAGCGAACAUGGAAAUGUGCAUGAAUGUUGCAACUCGGGAAGCUUUUUCAACAAGUCCAUUUCAAAGCAAAUAGUCUGCUAUAUCCAGUCAGAAUGCUGUGCUUUUGUUGUUUGGAUUUUUGACAGCUUUGACAUUGAUUUUGUUGUUGUUCUUCA